GGCUGUCCUAGAACCUGUAUAAAAGCGCUCACAAUUCAGAACUCUUCUAAACUCUUCUCUGGACUUCAUCUCCUCGGUGAUCUUGAUUCACUUCCAUCACACAAAGAUGUCUUGCUAUCCAGAAUGCGGGGUGGCCCGACCCAGCCCAGUUUCCGGCACCUGCAACGAGCCGUGCGUGAGGCAGUGCCCUGACUCCGAAGUGGUGAUCAGACCCUCACCGAUUGCUGUGACCAUCCCAGGGCCCAUUAUGAGCACCUUCCCUCAGCAGAGUGAAGUGGGAGCCGUAGGAAUCGGAGCCCCUGUGGUGGGAUCCGGCUAUGGCGGCUCAUUUGGUGCGGGAGCACUCUCCGGAUAUGGAGCUCCUUACGGGGGAUACUACGGCUUGGGAGGUUUCGGUGGUUAUGGGGGACGUUUUGGUUAUGGGGGUCUCUGUGGUUAUGGAGGUGGUUAUGGUUACGGGAGAGGCUUUGGGGGACUCUGUGGUUAUGGGGGAGGUUAUGGGGGGCUCUGUGGUUAUGGGGGAGGUUAUGGGGGACUCUGUGGAUAUAGGGGAGGUUACGGUUAUGGAGGAUCUUGUGGCACCGGGGUAUCUUGUCAUCGGUACCUGAGUGCAUGUGGCUCACCAUGUUAGACAUGGCAGGAAUAUCUAUGGCCAAAGGAAAGACCAGGAAAUGAAGAGCAACCGAUAGAUUACGAUAUCGAUUUCAGAAUUGUCCUGCCAUCCUGACACUGGCUGAGAGCUGUAUCUGCCCAGCCCCUUUCUCUCAUGUUCUCAUGUCUAAUGUCUUGCUACGAACUCUUUCUGCCAAUGAUUUCCCAGCCACAUGCUUCUUCUCUUUGCCACUUGUGGACUCACUGAGAAUCAUGCUCACUGUGUUUGUACUAACUCUGCAGUGUGAAGGAAACAGGCAUCAAUUGCAUAUAUUAAAUUUUUGGCCAAUCUGGCAGCUGCAACAAAAGAAAAAAAGCUUCUUGUCCCAAAUAGCCCAUAUUAAAACACCGGGGAAACAUUCUCUCUGUUUUGCAUUUUCAUGUUCUGUAACUGUGUAUUGUAAAUGUCAUUCACAUUAAAAACUCUGCUGCAUCCGAA